CGUUAUCGGUUGUGUUUUUUUAGAAAGAAGAGAACUUUUCUUCAAUUUAGAUCGGAUAUUUACCUUUCUACUUCACUCGCCAGUUAUCUCGAUAGAAAAAUACUUGUGCUCCUUAGAGAUGGUAGAAAGCUUAUGGGAACACUCCGUUCGUUUGAUCAGUUUGCCAAUGCGGUUCUGGAAGGUGCGUGCGAGAGGGUCAUUGUAGGUGAGCAAUACUGCGACAUUCCUUUAGGCCUCUAUGUAAUCCGUGGCGAGAAUGUUGUUCUGAUUGGUGAGAUGGACACUGAGAGAGAAGAGCUUCCUCCACACAUGAUUCGCGUCUCAGAAACCGAGAUAAAAAGGGCGCAAAAAGUGGAGAGGGAAGCGGGUGAGCUGAGAGGAACAAUGAGGAAGAGAAUGGAGUUUCUUGACUUUGAUUAAGCACCGGAUUUGUGGCCCCAUUAAUUUCUCUUGGCUCGCAAGUUUUAUGAGGAGCCUUUUUUUUUCUAAGUGUAUGGGUGGAGAGAUAUGUUGGUUUAGGGGACUGAUGUAGGUCUCAUUUUCAUUCUGGAAAAAUUAUGACAAACAUAAUAUGUUUUUACCCUUA